AUGUCAUCGCUGCUCUCCAAGUUUGAUGAAAUUACUCGAAUAUCGGCCAUCCUAGCCGAAGGCAACGAAGAAGAUUUCUAUAAUUUUGCUAAAAAUCAAGAAGAAUGUCGCGUACGAUGGUUAAAAGCCGAAGGAGAAGUUGAAAAUUUACAACAAGCCUAUAAAAUGGUCAAGUCUGACCGAGAGACUUACGAUAUAAAGCUCAAGCACAUCAGAAAUCAGCUACAAAUUGAAAUGGAUAGAAGAAAAGAAGCAGAGGAAGAAAUUAGAAAUUGGGAGAUGCAGAUGACCCUUAUAAGAGAAAUAUUAUGCGAUCCUAAAUGUACUGGCUUAUUAUCAGAAGAAGAUCGUAGAAAAAUACAAAGUCUAGGAUCAUCUCAACAACGUCCCAGUCCAAGACAAAGUGUCUCUUUCACCUCAGUCCUAUCCCCUUCUGACAUUAGCUUCGAUAAUACUAUCGACGAUUUGGAGGCAUAUUCACGAAGAAGUAACAAAUUCAAUAAAAGAAAAGCCCCAUCUGCACCACCAGAGCCGUUAGUAGAGGAACCUCCACUUAAGAAAUCUUGUAGUCCAGUCCAUGAAAUUCAAAGUGAAUCCACAAGUGCUGAAUCCGAUGCAUUUCCUAAAGUUUCCCCCAAACCAAUGCCUCGUAAUCUUUCGCGACCGCCCUCUCACUCCCAAGCUCGUCCACCGGUAGAUUCCUUUUUUGGGACAUCUAUACCAGGAGACUCUCCUGAUGUUAAGCGGAGACUAGAACGUAAUCCAACUAAUGGAUCGGUUACUUCAAUUCAAAGCUUGGGAACUCCAACUUCGUCGAGACUAAAUAGGAUCCAUACAUUCUGUAGUAAAACAAUUUACAAGCCUGAAAACUGCACAGUGUGCUCUAAAAGGAUAAAAUUUGGAAAAGUUGUCUUUAAAUGUAAAGACUGCAAAGCAAUAGCCCAUCCCGAUUGUAAAGAUAGUGUCCCACUGCCUUGCGUUCCAGUUGCAAACACGCCACAAAGAUCAAAUAGUAAAAAAGUAAAAAUGGAGGGUUUAAUUGCAGAUUUUACUCCGAGUAGCGCUCCUAUGAUUCCUGCCAUAGUGAUUCAUUGUAUACAAGAAGUUGAACGACGUGGCCUGACCGAAGUGGGCAUUUAUCGAGUUCCAGGUGUUGAAAAAGCGGUCAAAGAGUUGAAGGAGAAAUUUCUUCGAGGAAGAGGAGCUCCUUGCUUGACAAAUAUCCAGGACAUCCAUAUCGUUUGUUGCGUCUUAAAAGACUUUCUCAGAAACUUGAAGGAACCUAUAAUUACGUUUAAACUUCAUCCGGAAUUUAUAAAAGCUGCUGAAAUGAGCGAUCCUGAUCAGAAUGUCCGUGCAACGUAUGCAACAAUUAAAAAACUUCCUCAGCCAAACCGCGACACUCUCGCUUUAGUAAUGUUACACUUACAAAGAGUUGCAGCUACACCUGAAUGUAAAAUGGGUACUAAUAAUCUAGCGCGAGUAUUUGGCCCAACAUUAAUUGGCCACGGAUCUUCUAAUCCAGAUCCGGUUGAUAUGCUUCAGGAUACAAGAAAUCAACCGAAGGUAAUUGAAAGCUUGAUGUCUUUGCCAAGUGAGUUUUGGAAUCAGUAUGUUGAUAUCGACGGAACUGAAAAUGGCACAAGUAACACCAAUACUGAACGGAAUAAGACACCUCUUUCUGAGGCCAAUGCACCAAAAUCGAGGAGCACUACGCCAAGGACCCCACAAUCCAAAGAAGCACCAGCCAGUAUUUUAGGACCUGCUCAUUUUACUCCCGGUCGCUCUACUGGCACUAAGAGCAAGGAAAAUGUGAAGACAACACCACGCUUCGGUAGUAAAAGUAAAAGAGCCAACAAACGACCUGAUGCUUUUUUCGCUUCUCCUUUCUUAAAGUGA